GUUUAUGAGCAAGUGUCAAUGGCUGAUGAACCUCCUGUGACUCGUGUCCAAAAUGACAUAGACAAACUAAUUGAUAUCAACAAGAAACAAGAAGAGCAAAUCCGGAGCACAGAAACAAAAGCUAUUCAGCUCACCAACUUGUAUUUUGUGUUCCAAGGAGUCAUCCUCACAUCAAUAUCUUCUGCCUCACCAGUGAAAUGUCAUAACAGCAAAGAAUUAGACCAAAACUAUGAAGACCUUCAAGUGAUGAGAGAUACUGGGAAGACAAGAGCUGAAGUAAAUGCGGUAGUUCCCGGAAGCUCCCCAAGUCAUCAAGGUGGCGUCAGACGAACAAACUCCAGAUCACCUAGAGUAAAUGAUCUACCGCUCCCAAGUUCUCAAAGUCCACAGGAAGGCGUCACACGACCAAAGCCAGACAGUUAUAAACAGUGGAAGCGCUGCGUUCUUUGUUAUGCAGCCAUGGCCUUGCUUGCAGGAUUCAGUGGCAUUAUACUUUACGGUUGCCAUGCACUUCUCUGUGACACUCCCAAGGAUAAAUGCGUCAAACUUUGUUGAUGCUCUCUGUCUAAAGGACACGUCUUUGUAUUGUUAGUGAUUGUCAACUUCAACUUCCAUGCAUCCUCUCUGUCUAAACGACACGUCUUCUUUGUAUUGUUAGUGAUUGUCAACUGGGCUUCCAUGGCCCUCUGUCUAAACGUUGCUGUUUCCAUGCAUGUCCUU